AUGAGGCGGAGGCCUCGUAUAGAGAUGCCCCGUUCUAAACCGAGCCAGCGGCCCAGCCCAACUGAAUCCCUGAAGGAAAGAAAAGGUAGCCCUAGGCCGCUAGGCGGCGCCGACGAGCGGACGAGGCGGUUGCAGUGGGCCGGUGGGGGCGGGCGGUACCUGCAGCGGGGAGUCGCCGGGCGCAGAACCAGGCAGCGACGGCUGGUGGUGGGAGUCGGCGUUGCGACAGUGGCGCGGCUGGCACCCAGGCAGGCGGCGGCCUCUGGGCGUGGCAUGCCGCGCACAGCACAGGAGGAGGCGAGUUCUAGGCGCUCUAUAAUGGAUCCCAACAUGAAGCAGCUUCAAGAGGCUCUGGUUGACAUUGAGACUGAUGCGGAACAAGUUCUUCUAGCUAGGCAUCAGUUGGUGGAAAAUGAUAAGAUAAGAAAUGCAAACAGGGAGGCCCUGACAGCCCUCCGGAAACAGGCUAGGACAACCAAAAGCAGUGUGCCAUCUCCCUUUGAGGUCAUAAUGAAAGAGAUGGAAGGAAACUCUGGCAAGCAGCUGAUAAAGGAGAUAUGCCCAACUUGUGGAGACCACGACCCCAAAGAACAUACUUGGCUAAUGUUUCCUGGAUCUGAUGUUUUUGCUCGUGUCCCAUUUCAUGUGGCACACACUGUUCUGGAGAAAGACCAAGAACGCCUUGAUUUCGAUACCAAGAAACUGCAAAGCUUUGUGAAGGAGAAAUCACUUGUGAUCGCUGAGAAAGGCGCCCUAGCAGGAAGAUUCGGCGCUGACACUGUGAAAUCCUUGGUCAGCCUUAGAGACACACCUAAGUUGACACGAGAGGGAGCAGAAGUGAAGUAUCAGUUGGGUUAA